GCCUCUGGCACAUGCAGGAGUUUAAAGGCGCUAAGACUCCGGGGCCAGGCAUGAGGUUGAAGCGGAAACGCGGCGGUUCCACCUUUCCCCUAGCCACAAAGCCCUCUUUCCUCACUUCCGGCUUCUCUUCCAAUUCUGGUGGUCUAAGAUCCUCUGAAGGGCUCCCCGCCACACGUCGGCCAGCGCCCCACCCUCAGGAUGUGUUACCUAGUGCGCGGUCACCGCCGCCGUCACAGGCAGCCUCAACCCCGCCCCGGCCUGCCCGCAGCCCUCUGGCCUUCUUCCCCCGCACCUGCCCGCACGCUCCCGGGGCCCGCAGGUGCGGAAGACCACGAAAUUCCACGCCCCGCGGAGAGGAGACCCACCAGAUCCCGAGACAAGAAAGGGAGACGCGGUCGGGCAGCGCUCCGGGGCAGAUGUGUCAGGUGCGUGCGACCCCUGGCUGCACGGCUUCUAGGGACCGGAGUCCUCCGAAGGGACGGGCUUCUCUCCAGCGCUCUGGGGAACCCAAUGUCCCCCAUGAGGACAGAGGUGCGCACCACCCAGUUUAACUGCCUGAGAAACAGAAUUGCAGAGCCUUGAGAGGAAGGGCUCUUGACCUGUUAAUGACGAGUCUCCCUGCUUAGAAAGGCCCCCGCGCUAGAAGUUACCUGAUUGUUCUUGAAUAUUGUUACAUUUGAGACUAACAUUUUAGGCAAGAAGCAUGGAGGUAAUUCACGGCAGGCCCCACUGCUGCAGGAACCUUGAAGGAGCUGACAUUCUGUCAAACACCUUUUACUCUAACGGACUGCACACCCCGUACGAAACAACUAUUCGGCCAACUGCUUCACAAGCCAGGUAUCAGGAGCUGAGGGAGGCUCUGCCACAAUGCAGACUUCGGUGGGGUGCCGAUAGAGAAUAUGGUGGUGUGCUUCCAGUUUCCCUUCCCGAAGAACACAGGCCGAAAUGUGAGCCUCCCCGUCUCAUGAGCAAAGGACACCAGCAUUACGGAUUUGGCGGGGAGAUCUGGCCAAAAAAGCUCCCCAUUGAGCAGUAUUACUAUAUGACACAGAACAAGAAGAGCGACGUGUAUGGAAACGACUCUUUGCUACCCAAACCACCUAAUUCAGCAGUAAAAGAAAUCUGCUCACCGUAUCCAAUUGAACAUCCCUACCAUACACACAUAAGCCGUGGCUCCGUGUUUCCGACCUUUACAUCGCCUAAGGACCUUUACACCGGCAUUAAAGCUCGUACCCAGCAGCCUUUUCCUCCUACGGUGCCAACCAAGGCCUGUGACACAACCAUUCUGAAGACAAGAGGUAACCCUUACAGAUAUGAACUGCUCGAUUUUCCCAUGGAUUCAAAGAAAAAAGCAUUGACUUGGCCAGGUCAGGGUGUAUAUUAUGAUUUUCCUAAAUUUGUUGAGAAAAACAAGCCAGUAUUCUACCCCAAACCUCCUAAAACCUUUGCUCCUAACUCCUCUGUGAAUCCAUGGGAUACAAUGAGCUCUGCAAAGGACGCUAAUAUACAGAGAAAUCUUGAGAGGUCUCACUGGCUCACUUCAUAUGCUCACGAUUUUACAGGUCUAGGUCCUAUGAGCCCCCUUGAACUGGAUGAUUACCAUGAAAAGGAGCUAGCAGAGCUAACUGGACAGAUAGGAUUUGACCCACAGCCUCAAGAAAAAUUCCAUCCUGCCUUAAAAACUCCUAGACCUUUGGAUGGUCGAAUUGCCCGACUUACUCAGAACCAACGACCUCUGGAGGCUACAGUGCAAAUACCACCUCCCUGUCCAGACUGUACCCCUAGAGUUUUGUGUGCUUUUCAUACAUUCAUACCCACUUCUGCAGAAAUUAUGGCAAUGAAUAAUAACCUCCUGUCUGGAAUAACCCAUAAAAACCAGGAUGUUGAAGAGAAGAUUAAGGAAGAACAAGGCUUGAUGUCUACCUGUCCACUCCCAACUUGUUAUGAAUCAAAAGACUUGACUAGUCUCUAUGACGUACAAUCAUUUCCAAAGAUCACAGACACUAAAAAGACAGAUGAUUUGUACUGGAGACAGCUGGAGAUGAAGCCCCUCCCCAUAUCCUGCUCUAAGUCAAACCAUUACAUUGACUAUGAACCACUUAAGUCUGCCUACCGUGACCCAUAUGCUAUGUGUCCAAACCCUGUUCGCCUCAGUAAGUCUAAUAUUCUUCAAAACAAAACAGAUACGGCUGAUUUCACUUUUGACAACUUUUUAAGUAAACCAGAAUUUUUGGGCAUGAACAUGGAAAGCAAUGAAGAAACAAGACCUCUUUUAGAUUGGAUCCCUAGAGCUGGAGUGCCCAAGCAUCAUUCCAACCUGCGAAAUCUUAGGAACACAUUCUCAAAGUCCAUGGCACAGAAGCGUCUGCAUAACUCCAUUCAAGAAGAACAAAAAGACCUCCGAGAUAAACUGCAGUGUGGGAUGAGACAUCAAUUUUUUGGCUACAAUGGCCAUCAUUUCUAUAAUUGAGAUUCCCUUGAGACCCAGUCUCUUGCAAGAAAUAAAAUAUGUCACAGAGUGACCUGCAUUUGGCUGGAUUCUGUUUCUGUAUUAAGCCAUAAUGACAUUAAUGAGGUUGUGUUUUCAAGAAUUUAAGUUAGGAUCUGGUCAAAGGGACCAAAAUAAUGUCCUGACUUCUCAAAACAUUUAAGUUUGUCAACAAAAUAUCAGAGCCAGAAAAAAAAUAGUGUUUAAUCUCAUCUUCAAAUUAUACUCUGAAGUUUUCCAAAAUCAUGAAAAUCAAUGUGUAGACAAAAUUCACAUCAUCAUUUUGUGAGAAAUGAAAAAAUUGAAAAAAAAUCAAAUAUUGAAGAUUUGACAGACAGCUAUAGAAUGUAUCAUGUUUUAAUAAAAUUAGUAUAUCAACAA